GCGCGGAAUGUGAGGCUCGGCGGGCCGCAGCGCGCACGGACGCUCGGACGGACGAGGGCCGGCGGCCCCGCGCGGACGCCGGGCCGGGCGCUCGCCCUCUCGCUCGCCCUUGCGCGCGCCCCGCGCCCUCCGGCGCGCCGGCGGGACCAUGAAGAAGUUCUCUCGAAUGCCCAAGUCGGAGGGCGGCGGCGGCGGCGGCGGCGGCGGAGCGGCGGGUGGCGGGGCCGGCGGGGCCGGGGCCCCCUUCGGCUCCGGCUCCGGGAGCUCGUCCGUGGGGGUCCGCGUGUUCGCGGUCGGCCGCUACCAGGUCACCCUGGAGGAGUCGCUGGCCGAAGGUGGAUUUUCCACGGUUUUCCUGGUGCGGACUCAUGGUGGACUUCGCCAUGCGUUGAAGCGAAUGUAUGUCAAUAAUGUGACAGACCUCAACAUUUGUAAAAGGGAAAUUACAAUUAUGAAAGAGCUGUCUGGUCACAAAAAUAUCGUGGGUUAUUUGGACUGUGCUGUUAAUUCAAUUAGUGAUAAUGUAUGGGAAGUGCUUAUCUUAAUGGAAUAUUGUCGAGCUGGGCAGGUAGUGAAUCAGAUGAAUAAGAAGCUGCAGACAGGUUUUACGGAGCCAGAAGUGUUACAAAUAUUCUGUGACACCUGUGAAGCGGUCGCAAGGUUACAUCAAUGUAAGACUCCAAUAAUUCACCGGGAUCUGAAGGUAGAAAAUAUUUUGUUGAAUGAUUGUGGAAACUAUGUACUUUGUGACUUUGGCAGUGCCACUAAUAAAUUUCUUAAUCCUCAAAAAGAUGGAGUUAAUAUAGUAGAAGAAGAAAUUAAAAAGUAUACAACUCUGUCAUACAGAGCCCCCGAAAUGGUCAACCUUUAUGGAGGGAAGCCUAUCACCACCAAGGCUGAUAUCUGGGCACUGGGGUGUUUACUGUAUAAACUUUGUUUCUUCACUCUUCCUUUUGGUGAGAGUCAGGUUGCUAUCUGUGACGGCAGCUUCACCAUCCCAGACAAUUCUCGUUACUCCCACGACAUACACUGCUUAAUAAGGUUCAUGCUUGAACCAGAUCCAGACCGUAGACCUGAUAUAUUUCAAGUGGCCCACUUUGCAUUUAAAUUUGCCAAAAAGGAUUGUCCAGUCUCCAACAUCAAUAAUUCUUCUAUUCCUUCAGCUCUUCCCGAACCGAUGACUGCUAGUGAAGCAGCUUCUAGGAAAAGCCAAAUAAAAGCCAGAAUAACAGAUACCAUUGGACCAACAGAAACCUCAAUUGCACCAAGACAAAGACCAAAGGCCAAUUCUACUACUGCCACUCCCAGUGUGCUGACCAUUCAAAGUUCAGCAACACCUGUUAAAGUCCCCGCUCCUGGUGAAUUUGGUAACCACAGACCGAAAGGAGCCCUGAGACCUGGAAACAGCCCUGAGAGCUUAUUGGGUCAGGGGCCCACUCAGCAGCCUCCACAGCAGCAUAGGGUACUUCAGCAACUACAGCAGGGAGAUUGGAGAUUGCAGCAACUUCAUUUGCAGCAUCGUCAUCCUCACCAGCAGCAGCAGCAGCAGCAGCAGCUACUUCAGGAUGCUUAUAUGCAGCAGUACCAGCAUGCAGUGCAACAGCAGCAGAUACUGCAACAGCAGUUUUUAAUGCAUUCGGUGUAUCAGCCACAAGCGUCUGCGUCGCCUUAUCCCGCAAUGAUGCAGCAGUAUCAGCAGGCUUUCCUGCAGCAGCAAAUGCUCGCUCAACGUCAGCAGUCUCCACAGCAGGCAUCACCAGAGUAUCUCACCUCUCCUCAAGAGUUCUCACCAGCCUUGGUGUCCUACACGUCAUCACUCCCAGCUCAGGUUGGAACCGUAAUGGACUCCUCUCAUUGUGCCAAUAGGUCAGUUGCUGAUAAAGAGGCCGUUGCUGCAGAUAUUACAAAUCAGAAGAACAUCAGUAACCCACCUGAUAUGUCAGGGUGGAAUCCUUUUGGAGAGGAUAAUUUCUCCAAGUUAACAGAAGAGGAACUGUUGGACAGAGAAUUUGACCUUCUAAGAUCAAACAGGCUCGAGGAGAGAGCAUCCUCAGAUGAAAGUGUAGAGCCGCAUUCUGCUCCCCAUCCUCAUCCUCCAGGAGAUCCUUUUGGUUCUGUUCCUUUCAUUUCUCACUCAGGUUCUCCUGAAAAGAAAAUGGAGCCUGCAUCCACGAAUCAAGGCAACAGCACUGCAAACCCCGUCAAGCAUAGAAAAGCAAGCCCCUUGUCUAAAGACCCGCGGACUGGAAAGAAACCCCCGGAGACCUCGUCCCUGCCCGGCCAGGGGCCCAAGGGGGCCGAGGAAUCGGAGAGCGAUUUCGAGUCAGACCCCCCUUCCCCGAAGAGCAGCGAGGAGGAGGAGGAGCCGGACGAGGAGCCGGAGGAGGAGGGCGGCCUCCAGGGAGAACCGGGAGAUUUUAACGACGACGAUACUGAGCCCGAAAACCUGGGGCACAGACCGCUGCUCAUGGAUUCCGAGGACGAGGAGGAGGAGGAGAAGCACAGCUCCGACUCGGACGACGAGCCGGCCAAGGCCGCCGCCAGCGCCGCCAGCCCGGGCCGCCAAGUCGCCGCUGGCAGUGGGCCGGGCCGGGACCCCGGGGCGCCGCGCCUCGCGCCCGCCCGGCCGCCCUCCGCCGCGGGGCCCGCGGCCGCCCAGCCCGAGGUCGACGUCUUCGGCGCCGUGCCCUUCUUCUCGGCGCGCGCCCCGCAGCCCCGGCAGGGAGAGCGCGCCCAGGCCCCGUGCCCCCGGGGCCAGCCCGGCCCGGCGGCGCCGGCGGAGCCCGAGGAGUUCGACGUCUUCACCAAGGCGCCCUUCGGCAGGAAGGGGACGGGGCCCGAGGCCCACGGCCUCCGCGCCGGGGCCGCCAGUGUGGACGUCUUCGGCUCCACUCCGUUCCAGCCCUUCGCCGCGGCGGCGAGCCGGAGCGGCAGCAGCGAGGACCUCUUCGGGCUGGUGCCCUUCGAGGAGAUAGCCGGGAGUCAGCAGCCGAGAGGCAAGCCGCGGAGCCUGCAGAAGCUGACGUCUCGCCAGCGGCGCCCGAAGCAGGACGCGGCCAAGAGCAAUGGGAAGCGGCACCACGGGCCCGCGGGCGGCGCCAAGAAGCCGGCCAAGCCCGCCUACCGCACCCCCGAGCGGGCGCGCAGGCACCGGCGGGCCGGCCGCCGGGACUCGCAGAGCAGCAGCGAGUUCCUCACCGUCUCCGACUCCAAGGAGAACAUCAGCGUGGCCCUGCCCGACGGCCUGCCGGCCGAGGACAGCCUCCUGGACCCCUUCGGGGCCAAGCCCUUCCACCCCGCGGACCUGCCCUGGCACCCCCCGCACCAGGGCCUGGGUGACAGCAACCCCGUCCUGCCCGGGCGGCCGAGGCCCGGUUCACUGCACGGGGCCUUCCACGGUGCAGAGGCCCUGAAAAUGGAUGAUUUUGGGGCCGUGCCCUUUACAGAGCUGGUGGUGCAGGGCCUCGGAUCCCAGCAGCCCCAGCAGCCGCAGCCGGGCGACUUAGACCCGUUCGGGGCCGCUCCGUUUCCUUCUAAACAGUAGAUGACUUGCGAGGCGCUCUUGGCAUUAACUCCUGUUUGCAAAAAAAAAAAAAAAAAAGAAAAAAAGAAAAAAGAAAAAGAAAAAAAAAAGUACGAAUAGUUUUAUGACUUUGAAAGAAAAUUAUUUGUAUAGCCCUUUCUAUCAUUCAUUCUUACAGGUCAAUCAGAAUAGAUGAUUUUUAAAUAAACCAAAUGGAAAAAGGAAGCAUCUGCACAGGGUAGUGACUCCACCCCUCUUCCACGCAGGAGCAAAGGGAGCGACGCGGCGACUCCAACCCAGGGGUUCGGCCACUGACCGGCCAGCACAGGAGUCCAGGGGAAGCGUGCGGGCCCUUUCCCGUCGUGUAGCCCCUGAAAGGGCCUGGAAAGCUGCGGCGUCAUUUUUAUAACCGAAGGUCACUUUUGUGCACAUAUCCCAGGCUCGUUCCAGGAUCCAGCAUUUAAAACUGAGGUUCUUUGCAACAAGUUGCAUUUGCGGAUUUUUUUCCCAAGGUCUCUUCUAAUUUCCUCAUGAUAAAAAAAAAAUAAAAUAAAAAAAAUCCACUUCUCAUGAAGCAUGAGAAAGUGUUAUCAUAGGGAGAGUGCAGAGGUUUUAGUCCUUAGACCUUUUUCUCUACAAAGCAGAGCCAGACAUCACUGACUGCUGUGCCUAAAACUUUCAUUUGAAAAAACAAGUGCCAUUACUGUGGAAUAUCUACGUAGAAGCCUAGAACAAAAACUAGAGAGAAAUAUCUGACGUGUGAAAAAAUGUAAGAGAAAAAAAGAAAUGAUACAGAGGAGAGAAAAAGCAGUCCUUCGGGAACACGUUAUGUUCCGGUUUUGAAUGGCUUCUUGCUCAAAACUUUUAUUAUCAUGUCCCUGCUAAAGCAGAUUAUUGGGAAGAGUGGGAGUGAGGACAAGGGUCAUAUAGAAAUUUUAUUUUAGGAAAAAAAAUACGUAGCUGAAACUCUGAGUUUUUGAGAGGUCAAAUCAUGUUGCAUUUAAUAACGUCCUUUAUUAAAUUACACCUUCCCCAACUA